AUGCUUCAGGUCAGACCAAGGAUUGUGCGCACCGUCAGGAUGGCGUUUGCUGGGACAAAUGUUAGUUUGUCCCAGCCGGACAUAAUGCAAAAACUGACGGAGCGCAUAGACUACCUGAAACGGAGAAUCGCUGCUUGGAGAAAGCGGAUUCGGCGAUAUACCGAGAAGUCGACACGGUUCAACCAGAAUCGUCUCUUCCAGAGUGAUCAGAAGAGGCUUUAUAAAUCAUUGGAGCGACCAAUGGUAAGUGGAACGGGCCCAGCACUGAAUCAGGCUGACACGGUCGCAUUCUGGCGCAGCCUGUGGUCAGAGCCCGUAAACCACAGUGAGGGCUCUUGGACGGAAGUUGUGGCGAGUGAGUGUGCGGGUAUAACGCCCAUGGACCCCGUCAUCAUAACGCCGGAUGACGUAGCUGAGGCGGUCCGUAGGGUCCCGAACUGA